UAGACAAAUUUUUUAGAGUGACUUUAGGUUAUCUUGUCCCCUCUCCUUUCUCUCUCUCUCUCUCUCAUUCCUCUCUUUUUUCUUCCACUUUCUCUGCAUUCAUAUCCACUAGGUUUAUUUUUCUUCUGGUCUUUCAAUACAAAGUAGACAAAAAAAAAAAUUGUUUUCAUAUUAUCUAUAUAUACAUUAUCUUUGGAUGUUGUUUAUGGCUGGGUUAGACUUGAGCGCUGCUUCUCACUACGAUCAUCAACUUAACCUCUCGGAGUUCAAUCGGCAAAGGCUCCCACUUCACGAAAAUGAGGAUGAAGUUAACGACAACAACCAUUUUUCCGGCGACCACCGCCGUGGCAGUCUUGACUCACUACCCAACAACUCCGAUCCCGGCGAUAUCGGGACUCGCAGGCCACGAGGGCGGCCGCCGGGGUCGAAGAACAAGCCAAAGCCGCCGGUGAUCAUCGCAAGGGAGAGCGCAAACACCCUCAGAGCUCACAUCUUAGAAAUAGGCAACGCCUGCGACGUCUUCGACUGCGUCGCCACCUACGCGCGCCGCCGCCAGCGCGGGAUAUGCGUCAUGAGCGGCAGCGGAACCGUGACUGACGUCACCCUGCGCCAAUCCGCGGCCGCCGGGACGGUGGUGACGCUGCACGGCAGGUUCGAGAUCCUCUCGCUCUCAGGGUCGUUCCUGCCGCCGCCUGCUCCGCCGGGCGCCACCAGCCUGACGAUAUACUUGGCCGGCGAGCAAGGCCAGGUGGUCGGCGGCAACGUGGUGGGGGAGUUGAUGACGGCCGGCCCGGUUAUUCUCAUGGCCGCUUCCUUCACUAAUGUUGCGUAUGAAAGGUUGCCGAUGGAGGAGGAGGAGGAGGAAGAGGAGGCGCCGCUUAGCGACGGCGGCGGAAGCGGAAGCGGCGGAGUGGACAAUAAUAAUAACCAUUUUCCGGCGGACCCGUCUGCUGGGUUUCCGUUCUUCAAUAUGCCUACCUUUUGCUUUGGAGUUUAAUAAAAUUUUAGCAUUUGUUUUUUAAGGAUCUUUGUUAUAUAAAAAGAAUCUGCAUAUUUGUUUGUGCUAAUUAAGUAAUGAUCAUUUUUCUUCA